AGACUGGAGACUGUAAUAUCUCGUUAAUGCAUCUAUGAAAAGAUUUCCUUUCUAAUGUCUCCAUUAGGGAAAUCUCUUAAGAUAUAUACUGCGGGAGGACUUGCAUUUAUAGGGUGCACAUUUCGGCUCAAAAACUGUCACUCUAUAUCCUUAUUCAUUGCCCAUCCAUUUAUUAUCCGAUGGCCGACACUUCGAAAGCUCCCCUGCCAAGAUCGACCCGAGGAAGGCAGAAGAUCGAGAUCAAGAAGCGGGAGAAGGUGGAAAUCCGCCGAGUCACGUUCACAAAGCGGCGGAAGGGCCUCUUCGAGAAGGCUGCCGAGAUGUCCAUCCUGUGCGGGUCGAAGGUUGCGAUCCUGACCUUCUCCGAGGGGAGGAAGGCCUUCUGCUUCGGGAACCCUGACCCUGAUGCGGUGCUGGAGGGCUACUUGAACGGGAGGAGCCUGGGCGAGAUUGAACCCUCUGGCGCAUACAUCCAGGCCCUGAAUGAGUCCAAGCAGCUCUACCUCGAAGCCUCGAUGAGGCUGGAGAGGGAGAGGACCAAGGCGAAGUGCGCUGUUCAGCCAGGGCCUCCAGGGUUCUGGUGGGCCAGCCCGAUGGAUGGCCUUUGCCCAGAAGAGCUCGAGUACUACCACAACGCUCUGGAGAGGAUGAUGAAGACCGUCACGGCGAAGAUUGAAGAAGGAUCAAACAUGGAACCGGGACCGGCAUCGGGCUUGAGCUCUUUGGACCCGCAGGGGAACAAUUUACUUGUGUAGACUAUAGAAACGUGUCCUCUGAAAAUCUUUUCUUCAAGGGGAAAGCUCUUGAUUAGGCAGUAGGCUGUCUUGAAUUAUAUAUCUUUAACUAUUUCUUUCUUAAUUGAUAUGAGUAGUUAUCAUGAAA